GGUAUUUCUACCCUAAAUAGAUCUAAAUUGAAAUUAAUUAACCCAACAAUAAAAAACCUUAUAUUAAUCAAAUUGAACUGAACUUAACAAGAAUCAGUUGAACUAGAUUCAAUUCGACCGAAAGUUAUCCGACCAGAUUAUUAUCCCAAUCAAGCUUAUUUUUAAACUGAUACGAAUUUAUCCAAAAAGAAUAUAAAUCUUACAGAAUAUGACUCGACCUAAACAUGACCCUGACUCAACUGAUCUUAACCCGACCCAAACCAAGACGGGGUAAAAGGAUAACAUUAACCCGAACGACCGGAUACAAAAAACCCCGACCCAUCAUAGUUUAACCAUAAUACAUUCAAUUUCCCGAAUUGACACCCUACGACCCUACAUGGUAUUAUUGCAACUUCAUUACGUCCACACUCCAAACUUCAAAAGUCCUAAAAUAACAAAGAAAACACAGUUAACAAAACUCCGUUAUAUCGACUUUUUUUGUCUUUGUCAAAUCACUCCCACCCUCCCUCCCUUUUCUUCUCUGGCUAUCUCACUGUCUCACUCACUUUCUCUCUCCAAUUAUUUCAUUCUUUCUAAAAAAAAAAAAAAAUAUCGUCUUUCAAAACCCAACCAAAAGCUCUUCAGUACUACCUUAAACCCCUACCAAAAAAUAUAAAACAAAGUUUCAUUUUCUUCAAAACAAUGCUUCAUUUUGUGACUCAUGUAAGCUUCUAGCAUUGCCAAAAGCUUCAUUUUCAUGGAAUUUGGUUUGAUGGGCAAUAUGUUAAUUGGAUCUACUGAGUUUUCAAAUAAGGAAAUGCCAUCUUCAAGAAUUUCUGAUGAUAAUUGGAAACCCACAAAAAUUGCUAAAUUAAGUAAUGCAUUUUCUGAUUGGCAGCAAGAACAGAAUUUGCUUAGUUUCUCUUCACCAAAAAGCUCUACAAUUCCUUUUUUUCAGCAUCCAAAUUCAUUUUACAGUAAAAAUGCAGGCUAUACGUGUAAUGGAAGUGUGAAUGCAAGUAUGUGUUUAACAAAUGGAGUAAGAGCACCAUUUACACCAUCUCAAUGGUUUGAGCUUGAACAACAAGCGUUGAUCUACAAGUACAUUAUUGCAAAUGUUCCCAUACCACCUAAUUUGUUGAUUCCCAUAAGAAGAGCUUUUGAAUCAGCAGGAUUUUCUAGCUUCUCUAGUGGACUGUUGAGUCCCAGUACAUUUGGAUGGGGUCCUUUCCAUCUCGGCUUUGCCAACAGUGCUGAUCCUGAGCCAGGACGGUGUCGUAGGACGGAUGGGAAGAAAUGGCGGUGCUCGAGAGAUGCUGUACCUGAUCAAAAAUACUGUGAGCGGCAUAUGAACAGAGGUCGCCAUCGUUCAAGAAAGCCUGUGGAAGGUCAUCCUGGACGUUCCAUCUCCGGAGUCACCACUAACAAAACUAGUUCCUCUACUACUAAUGUCAUGAAUUCCGCCUCUUCUUCGAGUGCAUUAGUGGUGCCUGGUGGUGGUACAUCCAACAGCUUUGCUAUAAACCUUGAUCAAAGCAAGGACAUACAACCUGUUCCACCAAAUCAUUUGCCUUCUUCCCUAGUUAACAGGCAUAUAGUGAACAUAGCAAACAGCAGUCAGGGAAUGCAAGGCGAUACAGGACUUGAUUUUCAAUACCCAAAAAUUAGCCUGAAUUCCAAUGGCAACAAAUUCUCAGUUACUGAGUCCACUGCUGGCAAUUUUGCAUUCCUUACGUCUGAUGCAAUCUUAAACACCACACACACGGACUCUUCUGUCUCUAGGUCUUAUGGUCCAACCCAUGACCUCAAUGCCCAAAGAUCCAACCCACAACAUUCAAAUCACUCCAUGGAUGAUCAAUCUAGCAUUUUGUGGUCGAAGUUACAAACACAAACAGACAGGACAACCCAGCUAUCAAUCUCAAUACCUCCAGCUGACUUUAUGUCUUCCACCUCUUCACCUACUGGAGAAAAUGUUGCUCUAUCUCCUUUAAGAUUAUCACGGGAAUUUGACACUGUCCAAAUGGGUUUGGGAGUGAACACCGUCACAAAUGACAGGAGACCCAGUUCUUGGGAAACCUCGCUUGGUGGUCCUCUAGGAGAGGUCCUCAAAACCACCACCAAUAUUAGCUCAGGGAUCCAAAGCAAGAGUAUAUUGCCUCUUAAUCUUUUAUCGAAGGGCUGGGAUGGUAAACCUCAACCAGCCUCAUCUCCAACAGGUGUACUGGGUUAUUUCUCUAACAGCAGUGCAGGGAGUAGCCCUAAAGCAGAAAGUGGAAAAGCCCUCGAAACUAGUACACUUUCUGGUGAUCUUAUCGGCUUCACUCUUGGGAGUUCAUCUUCCCUGCCCAUCUUUUAGCCAUUUGGAGGUGUAUAAGUAGUCGCCACUAGAGCUCUGUGUCAAGAGUUCGAAAAUUUGCUGCACAAUGCUGUUUUGUAGUCUAGUCCAUGACAAUGCUUUGUAAAAUUCUGUGACAAAGUUCUUUCAUUCUUAAGUCAAAAGUAGAUCAUCAGGGAAUACUUCAGCCUCUAAUGUGCGUUCAUAUCGAAGUUAUUGGCUGCUUUUUUAACAUUUCUUGUAUGAAUUAUCGGUAGAGCACUAUAGUUUGUGACUCUUGGGGUCUGUAGGAUCUGUUGUGUUCGCUUGGCUACAUAUGUGUCUAUUAUUGUAUUUUUUAUGAUGAAAAUGUCUUUCCCCAUACAGCUAAUAAAUUGUCAUAAAUAAUACAACCUUUAAUUACGUUGAAUUUAAACAAGACAAUCUUUUAAUUAUUUUUAAUUACAACCUUUGAGGAUCUCAAUAUAAAAAAGUUAAAAAAAACUUGCUUGUAACCUGUUAAAUAGGUUACAUGACACAUUUCGUCAUACAAUUGGUCUGACUUUUUUCCUUUUCUCUUUUCUCUUCCCUUCUCUUUGUCAAUGACUUUCAACAUCUCAGGGUCCACAAUUGGAUCUCUUGAACCUCUGUACUACUUAUUCCUUCAAUUUUCUUCUUACUUUUAUGUACCCUUUUUCUUUUCAAGGUAAGAUAUUAUUUAUUUCUCUUCAUCUUGUUCUUCUUGUUGCACACUACACCCCAAAAUAACCAAAUUACUCACGGAUUUAUAC